AUGAAUGCGAAAACCGAAUUUCCCUUCUUCUACUCACCCUGUCCCACUAAAGACGAAAUUUUCACCGACUAUGUUGAAAGAGAGCACAACAACAACGCCAACAGCAGAAUGUUUUGUCCAAAUCCCGCCCCUUGGAUUCCACCACCAGCCAAAACUACUAAAGCACCUCAACCAUCGAAAGUCGUCAAAACUUUUGAAAUCAGCCGAAAUCGACGGAGCAAGAGUUGGGAUGAACCGGAAAAAGAAGAACGAAAUGAAGAAAUAAAGGAAAAGGGAACUAUAAAGGUAAAAAACAACUCCGGCAAUAGCAGCAACUGGUCGCAGAUGCGACGAUGGGUGAGCGACAUCGACCGGUCCAUUGAAAACCUAUCAAACAGCGUUCGUGGCCUCCUAAAGGAAGGAAACGCGGAGGACAAAGAACAAAUCCUCUUCCACCACACACCAGUUAAGGACAGAACUACCUAUGAGGGGGAACCAGCCAGAGUGCAACAUCUUCCAGUAAAGGAGAACAGUAGCCAUGGCAUCGAAAGCACCGCGAUCGAUCGCCUAACAGGGGAACUUAAAAGAGCACGUGACGAGCUACACCAGGCAGAGACAAGACAGGCCUCCCUAGAGGCGCUAAAAUCGCAUCUCCAACUGCAGCUACGUCAACGGUCGGCCCAGUGUGAACGAAUGACGGCACAAAUGCGAAACUCAGCUUCAAAAACUCGACAAACGGUGGUUCAGUUGACACAAGAGUUGGCAGCAGCAGAUGCGAGGAUUCACGAGUUGAUGCGACAACGUGAGCUGCUAAAACACGCCGCAAAGGGUCAGAAACGGAGAGCUAUGAAGGCGGAGGCAGAAAUUGCCAGGAUGAAGAGGCAGGAGGUGGGCAAUGGAAACAAAGGCGAUCCCGGGGAAGAUACAACGAAGGCUAUUGCUCAAUUGGAGGAGGACAACAAACGACUUCGUGAUCUGACAAGUGGUUAUGAGGACCGAUUGGCGGUGACAGAAAAGGAGGUGGAAAACCUGCGUGAAAGACUGGCUCAAACUGAAUCUCGAAUCACCGAGUCUGUGAGUAAAGCGAAGACUGAGAAUGCUGAAACGGAAAAGGUAUUCCCUGAGCCACCAACGCAGAUCGAAUUGUCCAAACCACAAACCCCUUCGACAGAUACAACAGCACGACUAGAGUUGACAAUUCAAGAGUUGAGAAACCAGCUGGCUCAGUCAGAUGCAUCGAAUCGAAAUCUGCAGGCCUAUCUCUCCUUCCUGAAACGAUCCUACAACUGCAUUUUUGAAGCGGACGAUCUUGAUAAAGGCGCUCACAUGGCGACGACAACUACGGCUGUUGUUUCCGUGACACCAGAGGUCCGCGCUUCUGACGACACUACUGCGGUGGUUGCUGAAUAA